AUGUCGUCUAGUGGCACUAUAAGUAACUAUUAUGUCGAUUCUCUCAUAGGCCAUGAAACCGAAGAAGUUUACGGGAGUAGAUUCGUCCAGGGAGGUCACAGUGCGACCUCCAGGCCAUCAGGUGUUGCAGAGAGUUCAGAUUUUUCCUCCUGUAGCUUUGCACCAAAAUCCACCGUGUUCUCAACCUCCUGGUCCACAGUUCACCCUCAGCCGUCUGCGGCAAUGACCGGGAUCUACCACCCCUACAUGCACCAGCCCCACUUAGGGGCAGCCGACGCCGGCCGCUACGUGCGCUCCUGGAUUGAGCCCUUCCCGGGUUUCCCGGGGGGCGGCGGCAGCGGCGGCGGCUCAGCGUCCAGCUCCGGCUCCUCCAACGGACGCCACUACGGGAUAAAGCCGGAGACUGGAGCAGCCGCCUCUUCGUCUUCCUCGUCUUCCUCGUCUUCCUCCUCCUCCAAAAGGACUGAGUGCUCCUCGUCCCGGGAGUCCCAAGGGAUCGGUGUGCCCGACUACACGUGCAGCUCCUUCCUCCAGGAGCCCCGGGAGAAGGCAGCUGCCGGCAGCUCCAAGGACCCCGCCGCCUGCAGCCACAAUCCCAGCCCGAGCAGCGAUCUGAAGGAGGAUAAACAGCAGCAACUUGACCCAAAUAACCCUGCAGCAAACUGGAUCCACGCUCGUUCGACGAGGAAAAAGCGUUGUCCCUACACAAAAUACCAAACUCUGGAACUGGAAAAGGAAUUUCUCUUUAACAUGUACCUCACCCGAGACCGCCGUUAUGAAGUAGCUAGGAUUUUAAAUCUCACAGAGAGACAGGUCAAAAUAUGGUUUCAGAACAGAAGAAUGAAAAUGAAAAAGAUGAACAAGGAAAAAGGCAGUAAAGGAGACUAACGAUGGGGUAGAAAUGCAGUUAGGGAAUAUUGAUUUAGU